UUUUCCGAACGACCGCAGCAGGGUCGCAAGGGAGAUGUCCACCCCCAGUCGUAGCCUCGGACGGUUUCUGAGCGUUGGUGUUUGGCACGCGCCACCCUCUCUUGCUUUGGUUCCGCCAUGCCGAUGUACCAGGUAAAGCCUUAUCACGGGCGCGGCGCGCCUCUCCGUGUGGAGCUUCCCACCUGCAUGUACUGGCUCUCUAACGUGCAACGCAGGAGCGGCGGCCCAGCGCCCGGCGUUGGCCACCUACAGUCUUUGGUAGAUGAGUGGCUGGAUAGCUACAAGCAAGACCAGGAUGCAGGAUUUCUGGAGCUUGUUAACUUUUUCAUCUGAUCUUGUGGAUGUAAAGGACUCGGGGGACUAUCCUCUGACAGCUCCAGGUCUAUCCUGGAAGAAGUUCCAGGGCAGCUUCUGUGAGUUUGUGGGGACAUUGGUCUGUCGGUGCCAGUACAGCCUCCUCCAUGAUGACUUCCCUGUGGACAACCUCAUCUCCCUGCUCACUGGCCUCUCAGACUCACAAGUCCGCGCCUUCUGUCACACUAGCACCCUGGCUGCUAUGAAACUGAUGACCUCCCUGGUAAGAGUUGCCCUCCAACUGAGUCUGCACCAAGAUAGCAAUCAGCGUCAGUAUGAGGCUGAAAGAAACAAGGGGCCAGGGCAGAGGGCACCUGAGCGGCUGGAGAGCCUGUUGGAGAAACACAAAGAGAGAAUGCACACAAGAAAUUGGAAACAGCUCUUCCCUCAGGAGAACAAACCAACGUGGCUGCGAGACAGGAGAGAAACAUGAAAUUCUAACAGCUUACUCUUUUGUACCUUUGGAAUUUUGUAUAUGUGCAUUCCUUAUUUGAAUAAAUAGACAUCUUUUUUUUUUUUUUUUUUUUUUUUGAGACAGAGUUUCCCUUUUGUUGCCCAGGCUGGAGUACAGUGGUGUGAUCUCAGCUCACUGCAACCUCUGCCUCCUGGGUUCAAGCGAUUCUCCUGCCACAGCCUCCUGAGUACCUGGGAUUACAGGUGCCUGCCACCAUGCCUGGCUAAUUUUUGCAUUUUUAGUAGAGACAGGGUUUCCCCAUGUUGGCCAGACUGGUCUUGAACUCCUGACCUCAGGUGAUCCACCCCCUUGGCCUCCCAAAGAGCUGGGAUUACAGGCAUGAGCCACUGCACCCAGCCAGUAUUUUAUAUUUUUUUGAGACAGGGUCUUGCUUUGUCACCCAGGCUGAAGUGCAGUGGUGCAAUCACAGCUCACUGCAACCUCCCCCUCCCGGGUUCAAGCGAUUUUCCUGCCUCAGACUCCCAAGUAGCUGGGAUUACAGGUGUGUGCCACCAUGCCCAGCUGAUUUUUGUAUUUUUAGUAGAGAUGGCGUUUCACCAUGUUAGCCAGGCUGGUCUCAAUCUCCUGACCUCAGGUGAUCUACCUGCUGCCUUCCAAAGUGCUGGGAUUAUAGGCAUGAGCCACUGGCUUCAGCCAGGAAAUACUAUUGGAACCCUGCUACUGAAAGUGUGGCCCAUGGACCAGGAGCUUGAGCAUUAUCGGGAGCUUGUUAGAAAUUCAGAACCUUGGGCCCUAUAGCCCAGACUUCACCUUUUUUUUUUUUUUUUUUUUUAAGAAGGAGUCCUACCCUGUAGCGCAGGCUUGAGUGCAGUGGCACGAUCUCGGCUCACUGCAACCUCUGCCUGUUGGGUUCAAGUGAUUCUCCUGUCUCAGCCUCCCAAGUAGCUGGGACUACAGGCAUGAGCCACUGCGCCUGGCUAAUUUUUGUAUUUUUAGUAGAGACAAGGUCUCAUGUUGGCCAGCUUGGUCUCGAAUUCCUGACCUCAAGUGACCUGCCUGCCUCAGCCUCCCAAAGUGCUGGGAUUACAGGUGUGAGCCAUGGCGCCCAGCCCAGAUGCCACAAUUUAAAAGGCUUACUUUUCUGGGUCAAGCUGCCUUUUUUGGGGGUCAUUAGGGAAGGAAUGGAUGUGUGCUCUACGGGUUCUUAUAAUAGCAAUGAACCUUCAUAAUCAGACUCAUUCCUUAAUUUUGCUUACUUUUUCAUGCAGCUGCAUUAAUACUACAUUGUCAAAGACAAAGACGAACAUGAGACAUGAGAUACGAGUUUAAAAAAAAAAAAAGAGAGAAGACCAAAAAAACAAUACAGCUAUCCAAGGAGCAAGUGCUGAGCUUGUGAAAAAACAGCUUCUAUUUUAUUAAAUAAUAGUGUUCCUGCAGGGAUGUCUGAAGUACUCUGCAAGGCUAAUUAGGACAGAUCAAUGUACACUUACCUCUCCAGAAGGCUGAAAGGUGUGUAGUGACUAUGUGUCAUUAAAAAUUUACUUGACCAUGGGCAUCAGAUGUCCAUGAAAGAAUGAUCCUGGUGAGUGCUCUAAGUUUUCAUUUUACUCAUGUCAUCCUCAAUGCAUCAUAAAUGCCAUAGACACCAUUACUAUCACCCAGGCUCAUAGCAGCUGAUGUGCUGUAUAUGCUUGAGAGGGUGGUAUCAAUUAACUAUAUUAUCUAUAAAGCCAUACUUGCAAUUACUACCACUUCACAAUUUAUCAUUAACACAUUUGGCAGAUUUUUUUCUCCAAAGUAACAUUUAUUUAAAGGUUAAUCAAAAUUCUUAGAACAGCAUUUAUUAUAAUGUGAUUUUUGAUAAUUGACUAAAUCAGUGGCUCUUAAGAACACCCUCGGCCGGGCGCGGUGGCUCACGCUUGUAAUCCCAGCACUUUGGGAGGCCGAGGCGGGCGGAUCACGAGGUCAGGAGAUCGAGACCAUCCUGGCUAACACGGUGAAACCCCGUCUCUACUAAAAAUACAAAAAAAUUAGCCGGGCGUGAUGGCGGGCGCCUGUAGUCCCAGCUACUCGGGAGGCUGAGGCAGGAGAAUGGCGUGAACCCGGGAGGCGGAGCUUGCAGUGAGCCGAGAUUGCGCCACUGCACUCCCGCCUGGGCCACAGAGCGAGACUUCGCCUCAAAAAAAAAAAAAAAAAAAAAAGAACACCC